AUGGUUCGCAUAGAAUUUCAAAUGGAGAGAAUGAAAACUGAAAUGGAACAGUCUGUCAAGGCUGUUGAAAACAUGAAGACCGGGACUGAUGACACACUGAAGGCAUUUGAUUCAAAACUCGAAACCUACGACGAAAACGUCCUGAGAAUGAAAGCUUUUGAAACGAAAUUAGCAAAGACAGUAAGUGAAAAGCAUCAGGAGCAUGACAAGGACAUUGAUGAAAAACUUGCAGCCCUUGAAAACAAAACUGUUGAGACUCUUGAUAAAAAGAUCCAAGAACUACAAGCUAUCAAAGAUGACGUUUUUACAACAACAGUCGCUUUCAAGGCAAGAUUGGAUUCAAACAUUGCUGUUGCUACAGGACAGACGGUAGUGUUUCCUACUGUGCUCUUCAACGAAGGAGAUUCUUACAACCGUGGGACUGGCAAAUUUACGACACCUGUAAGUGGAACAUAUAUGUUCACUAUGGCGUUUUGUCUUAAGAACAUCCAGACUUUGGUCGCUGGUAUUAUGGUUGAUCAUAAAAAGUAUACGGUAACAUUGUUUUAUGGGGACGGAAACAACGAGUGUUUAACUGGUGACACGGUGGCAAUGCUGACAGCCGGACAGGUUGUUAGGGUUGAGGUAUUAGCUGGUAGUAGCACUGGUAGAAUCAUUAACCAGGAUGAUUCAUACAGAUGGAACACAUUUUCAGGAGUAUUAAUUCACAGAUAG